UGGUAAUACUCGCCUAACCAUCAAGUGUACCUAUGCACAAUUCAAGAUUUGAGAAUUAGCGCCCGCGCCUCCUCCCAUAGCAAAUGGCUCAUCGCCCAGCCCAGAAGGCCAGAUCAAAUUUAAAAUCGCGACAAUCCCCACCUAUUCUAUUUCAGCUUGGCCAACGACGUGCGACCCCAGCCACCGCCUGUUUUGCGGGCCGCGGCGGACGGGCCCCAUGAUAGCUGGCAACGAGCUCCCGAAAACAAAACACCAUCAAAACAUCACGCUCAAGAACCCCUUCGACGAAUCUCGCAACGCCGGUAGACCGUAAACCGGCACAAUGCAGCGAGACAAUCGCUCUCGGGACCCCGAGGGAACUCGCCGCCGGUGGUACGAGUCUCGCGACCGUGAUCCGAGAGAUCGGGGAGAUUCGCGUCAGCAAUCAUCGCUGCCAUCGCAACAACAAUCCCAACAUCCACAACAACCAAUACCGCAAAUGUAUCAACAACACUCUCAGCAACGAGCAUAUGACCCUCGACGUUAUGAACAAUCCCCUAUGUAUCAACAGUCACCGCAGUAUCCGCAAUUUCCACCACCUCCCCAGCAAUAUCAACAAUCGCAACGCUACUCCAGCGCGCCGCCUCAGCCAGUGCCGGGAUAUAAUCACUCUUAUCAACCACAGCAUAAUUCACAACGACCACAGACACCUUCAAGUGUUUUCUCGUCCUCGAGUGACACCUCGACAUCACUAUUAGAUAUCUCGCGAUACAAGGACACGAAACAGUUUGGUGGUGUUUUUGGCACAUUUUUCAAGGCGCCUUCGGACCGGGUCAAACAGCGUCUUCACAGAAAGAAGAAACAGAAGCGUCGUGUGCUCUACUUUGGAAACUCAUCAUCAUCUUCCGUGAACUCUGACCUAGCCUACGGACAGGGAUACGUCCGGCAACCAAAAAGCCGUACACUGAGCCCCCGAAGUCAAAGCCGUGCCUCUGGCCAAGGCUAUGCCUUUUCCCCAGGUCAUGGUCCGACUCAAGGACAUCGACGGCGCAGCUCAGGGGGGUCUGAUCGCGCAUCGCGACCCACGCCUCGGAAGAAGACUGCCGAUGAAGAGAUAAUGGCCCUUGGCCAGCAACUCUCUGACUUAGCACGGCGGUCCAAGGAAGACGAGCAACGCCUAUCUAGCCGAGGAUCAGGCAAGGGUAAGGCGGCUGCUCUAGGUCUUGCAGCCGGCGCAGCUAUGGCAUCUGGUUAUGGCCGGCACAAACACGGCUCGCGGGGGUUGGGUAGCUCAAAGCAGCGCGUCGACACCUCGGAUGAUGACUCAGACUGGGAGGAUGCCUCUGACAAUGAGUCGUCUAGUAGUGAUGACGCUGGUUCAGCUGCAGACUCAGAGCUUGCAUAUGGCAUCGUCGGCGAAUCUAUCAAGCCCGCAGCCGGUGUUGCAGCGGCUGCAGGAACUGCAUCAGCCACAACCGCUAUGGCUGGGUCCAGAAGGCCCUCAGGUCAAAGCCCAAUGCUUGACUCUCGGCAAUAUGGAGACCGGGGCUCUAUCGUUGACCCUCGCCUCUUUGGCCCCUACAACUCUCUUCGAGGCUCAAUUAAUACUCCAUGUGGCUUCCGAGACGAGGAACAGGCUGCUGCAUACCGUCGCGAUUCUGCUAGCCUAGAAGCUGGUGGACCAAUUCAUAUGCGAGAUGUGUACCCCGCCCCCAUCUCCGAACCCUACAGAUUCGACGGAGAUCAGUUCCCAAUGUCUGAUAGGCGCCUGAAUUCGUCGACUCGACCCGCGCCGGUUCCCCUGCAACAGCCGGUCCCCAAGCAGGCGGUUUCAUCAAAAGUUUAUAAUGCUGAAAAAUUUGAUGACAUAAACCGCAGGGAGCCUCGGCAGCGCAAAUCUGAGCAGCCAGAUGGAAAGAACUGGGCAAGAGUUGCUACGGCAGGUCUCGCAGCAGCGGCAGUCGGUACGGCUAUAGCGUCUUCAGCAUCUUCGCGAAAAGACAAUUCCGAGAAUCAUGAUGGUGGGGUGCAUGACCGUGCUAAUCGAGACCGUCGUGAGCAAAAGCUCAUCGACCUAGAGCGCCGGAAAGCCCUAGAAGCAGAGGAGCAGAAACUCAAAGAGUUAGAGCAUGUAAAAGCCCAAGAGUUGGAACGGCGAAAAGUCCAAGAUCCGGAACGUCAGAGGCUCGACUGGGAACAACGCCUAGCCCACCUUGCCCAGCGACAGGAAACAUUGGAGGAUGAGCGCGAACGAAAUGUGAAAUGGGAGCGUGACUACCGUGGAUCGGAUCCCGAGCCUAUCUUUCCCAAGUAUAACGACGAGCAAAAAUCUUCACGACGAUAUGACCAUGACGAUACACCCACGGAUAGAAUGGAGAAGAAGAGUGUUGGUGUUGUAGAUGUGCCUCAAAGGGAUCAGGGCGGAGUUGAAGCAUUCCAUAUUGAAUCGGGACCGGAGUUCAAAGCGUUGCAUGAACCUGUUGUCCAGGCUGACAACAGCGAGCGUGAUGCGACUCAAGAUGGCCGUGACCUUCCUCUACCUAUUGGUGCUGGCCAUCGCCCUCCAAGCGACUCAACUCAACCUGUGCAUGAGACCAUUGAUCCCUUCCAGUACCAAGUUGCGGACGAUGCGUUUACUGUGUCACAAAGAACCACGCCUGGGCGCCCCCUUACACCUAAUGUUGUCACCAUUGAGCGCGAGCCUAAUUUCGAUGACUCACCGCCAAGUUCUUCAGCAGCCGACGCUCGGUUAAGCCGACGAGACUCGUUUGAGAUUGAGCGUAUGGUUGACGAGUAUCGUCGUGAGACUCACGAUCCACCACAACGUCGCGAUACCCAAGUUGGUCAUGAGUUUAAAGAGGACGAGCGAAAGGCCAAAUCUAUUCUUGAUGAGGCUAAACAUGCCACCAUUCCUGUUGCAGCUGCCGCAAUAGCAUCCGCCGUUGCAGUCGAACAUAAGCGGUCUCAAGAGCAUGGACACCAUCGCCAAUCAAAGGAUAGAUCUCAAGAUGGCUCAAGAGGUCGCAAAGACACUGUGCAGGAGGAAGCUGACAGGUUCUAUCGUGAGGCCUGCAUCGCCCGAAAAAUCGCUUCUGACGAACUACGAUCUCGAAGUGCAUCCCCUGAGCGAUCUGUCGUCGACAAGUGGCAAGAAGAUAAGAAUGACCCAUUCACAAUUGUCACACCGCCGAUCAUGGAAGACAAGCACCCGAACAAGAACAUGUUUGAUGGACCAGAUGCAGAUGUGAAGAUUGAUAACAAGAUAUACCCCCGGGAAGAACGCCAUCUCCGAAACGUGGGUGACAAUUCUUCUACUCUUGUUUUGAGGUCAAGAGAGCCUUCGCGAGAGCGUCCUGUCCUCAAUCUGAUAUAUCCUACUCCUGUUACAAGUCGCCAACACACGCCUGCUCCUCAAGCACAGGGUGUAAGACAGGCGGAUGAUGAAGUACCCACGCCUGACGAUGUCAGCAUCGGACCUAAGGGCGAGAUCAUCUCUGCUGGCGAACUCGUGUCUGUCCCUAAAUCUGUCAGCUGGGGCGAGAACGAGACGAAGAGCUUUGAAGUAGACACACCAGAAAACCGAAGUGAUUCCGACAAUUACUUCCCUACUGAUAAAUCGCCAGACAAGCCUAGGCCGAAGCUAAACAAGGCCAGUCGCUGGGGUAUUCUUGCCGCGGCACUGGCUGGCAGCAGUGCCGAGCCACACAACGAACCUGAUUUCGUAGUGUCAUCCAAAACCUCAGAUAUCCCCAGAAGUUUUCCGGAUGAAGCAAGCAGGGACAUCUCUGUUCACCAGGCUGAAGACGUUUCCGGUGACGAUGUGAUGCACGAACCUCCAAUCCCUGGGCCUAAACCUCCAAGCCCACAUCCUCAACAGAUGCCUGGCGGCUUUGCAGAUGACCUUGAGUUUGCUGCUACUCUUGCUGCGGGCCUGAAGGAUACUGGCUUCAACCCCGACAUCGUCAUUAAUGACCCCUCCUACAGUCGGCGUGACUCUCCCCCAGGUGUCCAAGAGGCAAACGGUGAUUCUCAUGGCAGCACGAAUGGCAAUGCCUGGUACAAGCGACCUUCCGCCGAGGCUGUUCUCGAGCCUAGAAAUGACAACAUCCCAAAUCUUCUCCCCGAGCAAGGAUUUAUUCUCGGAGAGGUUGAGACCCCUCAGGAACCACCUUUUGGUAAGCAUGAAGGUGAACGUCACUUCGAGCCCGACUCGCCAAAGCCUGAAGAUGUGCCACUUCCUCAAGACAGUUCCGAAACUUCGAAGUCGAGCAAGCGAGAACCGCGCAAGCGAGACAAGUCCAACGUUGUCGUUGUUCAGGAUGAUGGAAAGAUUGAGAACAUCAAAGCGGAGCCGUCACCUUCAAGGGAGGUCGGUGAAGAGGUAUGGGAAGAUACCACUCGAAAGAGAGGGCAGAAGGAUCGUAAGCGUCGCGAUCCCGAUGACAUGAGCCCAAGUAUAUCUUCUACCAAUCACUACACAAGCGACGCACCUGCCAAAGACGUCAGAUCUGAUCAUGAAUCUGAAUCGAGGAAUGCCUUUGCAGAAUACGAUCAUAGCCAGAGCUUCGACGCCGCGGAUAUCGCCAAGGUAGCUGUGCCAGCUCUCGCGUUGGGUGCGCUUGCUUCCUCAAGUUCAAGAAUUACACCCUCUCGUGACGUUCGCUCUGAAGACGAGCAAGACGCUCCCAGGAAGUCGCACAAGCCUUGGAAUGACGACGAUUAUUACUAUGACGACAACAGGUCUCGCGUCUCCGCCCCUGUGCAGCCUUCGCACCAUCGCCAUUCAUCUCGAGACAUAUCCUCCCGAGACGUUCGAUCAGACGAUGAGCGAGAAGAUCACAGGCAUUCAAGCAAGCACAGAAAGGACCGCGAUUCUCGGGACGAUGCGAGAUAUCGAGAUUCUUCUACACUGGACCCCACUGAUCGACGGUCUGUAAGACGAGGAGCAUCUCGAGAUCGUUCAAGAGAUCAUAGGUCUAGAGAAGGUUCCAGAGAUAGGUCACGGGAUAGAACAAGAGAUCGAUCUCAUCACAGAAGGCCUGAUGAUGAUGAGCGGCCAAAAAGACCGAAGCGUCACACCUACAGCAAUGACUCCCCAACCCGGUCAUUAGUUGCUUCCGAAAUCUCUGUUGGUAGUUCAAGCAGCAAGAGAAGCAAGAGGUCGAAACGAAGGAGUGGAGCCGAAGAGGAUUUCGACGACAGCAGAGAGAGCCCAUCGGAUCGAAGACGUGACUUCUUUGAUGACCGAGAUGUUAGCUCUGUCGUAUCCGAGUCACGUGGAGAUGACCGUCGGCGCGAGAGCGGACAUAGACGCAAGUCUUCGCGUUACGAUGAUGAUGACGACGUGAAAUCGGUUGCAUCUCUACCUGGGUCAUCCCGCCGGGACAAGGAGUACAAAGAACGCAGAACCCCUGAAAAACGACCAAGCAAUAGUGUUCUUUCUAGCCUCUUCAAAUCGCGCAAGGAUAAGAAGGAUUCUUUUUUAGAUAAUGCCGGCACCCUUGGCGCGGGUGUCGGCUUAGCGAGUGCAGCGGCCAUUGUUGCGUCUGAUGCUGCUCGUUCCAACGCCGCUGAGACCUCAUCAGAUCACGAGAAUUCUGUCUCUCGUGAUGGCCGGCCUCGUGCGCGCAGUUUCGAACUGGUUGACCCUGAAGUCGUGCCCCGUGUUAUCAAACCAGCCAUUGACCCUCAAUAUGGCGACCUCCUUCCUUUACCUCCCAGCGAACCGACUAGCCCUUCUUCUGGCCCGGAGGAACUACCCCCUCUUCCCGACAGCAGGCCUGACACCCCCCCCGAGGAGCGUAUCAUACGGCGGGAUUCACGUACCCAUCAGCGACGUCGUAGCGUUUUCGACACGCCCACAAAAUCACCUAGCCGAACCGCUGUUCCUAUCGCCCUUCGUUUGGGUAACAGGUCAAACCCCGCCUCUCCUGUUAGCUUCAAGGCAUCCCCCGCGAGUUCCCCUAUAACGUCUCAUUCCGAUGCCGUAGUCAUGUCAAGGCGAGCAGCUCGACCAACAUCCUGGGACAACAGUAGAGAAAUCAUGCCACUGUAUCUUCUUGAACACUCACGACACCAACAACCAACUACUGGGUCAGUGCUACCUGCGCUCCCACCUAGUGAACCUAGCGAGACUUCUGCAAGGAACUCACCCGAAUCCGAGUUUCUUAAGCACAGUGACGAUUAUUUCGGCUCUGGUCUUGAUUUUGCCGGCCCUGAUCUUCGUGUUGAUACCGAGCUAUCGGAGCAGCAUCCUAAAGACUCUGUGGCAGGAUCUCAGGAAACAACGCCUCGCGCGGAGUUUAUGCCUGCGCUUCCAGGCUCUUUCUCCUUUGAUACUGCCAGAGAGCAUGAGGAGGAACCAACAACUUAUCUCCCAACGCCUGCAGAUGUCGUCAGCAGGGAAACAGAAACCGACGUCUCUGCUGCACCGUUGCCAUUUGACGCUUCUGCUACGGCUGUUCCUACCACCCUCGCUUCUCAUGGUCUCUUGGAAGGCCAGCAACAAACUCACUCACCCGCAGACAAAACAGAUAACCUGACAUCUGCUGAUGAGCAUUUCUCGGACCCUCUCGAGGGUCACCCAGAGCAGAUGUCACCUGGACAAGCUGUGCUGAAGUCUGUCGCCGAGCCUAGUAUUGAGCCUGCUACUAAGCCUGCUACCGAGCCUGUCGCCGAGCCUAGUAUUGAGCCUGCUACUGAGCCUGCUACUGAGCCUGCUACUGAGCCUGCUACUGAGCCUGCUACUAAGCCUGCUACCGAGCCUGUCGCCGAGCCUAGUAUUGAGCCUGCUACUAAGCCUGCUACCGAGCCUGUCGCUGAGCCUAGUAUUGAGCCUACUACGGAGCCUAUUACUGAAGUCACGAGUGAGACUGCGCCCAAUUCUUCUACAAUUUCCACCGAGGCUGUCACGUCCAAGCAACCUGUAACUCCUGAAGAAGAUACAACUGUUGGUGCGAAUGAUGAAGUUCUCGAGCCUUUUCUUGCAGAUUUCUUGGUAGAGGAUAGCACCAGAGGGCUCGCAGUUGGACAAGCAGUUGAAGAUGUCACAGACCUGUCCCCAGAACUUCCGUCACAAGCAGUUGAGGAAGCAGGCCCUGGUAUGGUUGAGCUUUUCAAUGGCCAGAACGUCAAAACUGUUAUCGACACUACUUAUGAAAACCCCGCAUUCACCAGAGCGCCGGACAGCAUAUUUGUCACAGACCCCAUUGUUGAAGUAGUUUCAGGAACUGAUUCCACUACAAAGUCCGCUGCCCAGCCUAUGGAAGAGAAGCGAAUUACCGAUAUUGCUCGCGACAUUAACACCGGGAUAACCAACCCUGAUAUCGAGCCUCAAUCAGUACCAGCUGUUGUUGCCCAAAUGGAGCCUGCUACUCAAGACUCGGAAACACUGCUCGUAAAGCCUGGAGACGCUGUUGCCCAUCGUGCAGAAAAUGAGAUUACUACCGACGAGUGGUCAACCAUGAACGCAAAGGAUAGGAAAAACAUGAAGAAGAAACUUAAGAAGAAGGGGCUUGAACUGAUCAUUCAAGACUCAUUCAACGUUCCCCUCGCUGCUGCUAGCAAGGAUGACAAUGCCGUCCUAGGCGACGAGGCUGUGGUACCGAAUGAAUCUUCUGAAACAAAGCCGGCUAUGCUUGAACUCGAGCCCACCCACGAACAUACACCUCAACCCUCUCAAGAUCCUUCUGCCGACCUUUUCGCCACUGAAGCCGCGAAGCCCCAAGAGCCUGGGGUUUCGCAUGAGGAGCAGCAUACGAUCGCACAGUCUGAAGAGGUCCAGGAAGUCCUUGAACAAAACAAACCAGUUGGUUCGAACUUAUUGUUGGACCGGGAAGCGGAAGAGUCACCAGGAGAGCUAGACACCGCAAUCGAAUCUAUGGUACCAUUAAUAGAGCCUGAGCCCGUAAUCGAAUCUUCUGCCAAUGCUCAAGCUACCGCGGAAUCGACUUCCAUCACUGCUUCGCCUGUCGCAGAAACGGCCCUUGAAGAGCAGCUGGUGUCUCCAUCCAAAAGCAAGAAGAAAAAGCAGGAGAGCAAGUUUCAGCAGCCAUCCGAAGAGGAAGCAAUUUCUGUAGAGUCAACAGUCACCGAGCUUGAAGGCACAGGCCCAGUUGAAAUUUCUGAAGCUGAAAAGGAUGCGUUUGAUGCUUGGACGGAGCCAGUCGCGCUCAUUGAACCCUCUGCUGACCCAUCUGAAACAGUUGCUCAUGGUGACCCAGGUUCUGUGGCGGAAAUGCUCACAAGGAUCACUGUUGAGCCUGUCGAUGCAGAUGCAUUCGAUGCCUGGACUCAACCAGAUACCAUGGCUGAAAGCCAAGAUUCUCCAGAGAAAACACAGGAUAAAUCUACAAAAGCCUCCGACCCGGCUUCUGAAUCGCCCAUUGUAUCAACCCAGGGUGACAGCGCCGCUACGCCCAAGUCAAAGAAGAAGAAAAAGAAGAAGGGCGCCAGAGCCGAUGAUGAGCUAGUGGUGGAGAAACAAGAGAUGCCUCAAACAGGAACACCCCUUCAAGUUGAGGACACGGGAGACAAUGAAGUGAUUAAGGAUGGCAACAGAAGCUCGAUGAAAGAGUCGCCCGUUGUGGUAGCCGUGCCCACCGAUGUUAUUCAAGACAAAGAGAUCCCGAACCCACAGUCUAUUUCAUCACCAAAAGAUACUGAUCAAGUCCUUGAUCGUGGAAAGGUUUCUCCAGUUGAGGCUCCCGAGCCUGGCGACCCUGAGUCAAAAGAUGACAUCGGCUAUCAUCCGGCCGUUCGUGAUUCCCAGACUGCCGCCAAAGAUGCACGAAAAGACAGACAAAGUCAAGGGUACUUCCCAUCUGCUCUUCGGGCACUCCCCGCCACGGCUGGAAUUUCCGCUUUCAAGAGAAUGUGGGGAUUCCGGGACCAAACGCAGUCACAAAAUAAAUCAGGCGAACCUGAAUCUGAUGCCCAGGGCCAGCCUGAUGCAGUAAGUGCUGAUAAGUCAGCGGCAGCAGGCACUAGGUCUGAUAUUAUCACGCCAAAGCUUGACCGUGACGUUCUCAGGGAUAAAGAGACUACUGGCGUAAGCGCUAGAAACCCAGAAGUUUCUGACGUCGAGCCAGACUUUUCAACUGCUGAUACCGCCCCCGAUACGCAUGCCAACAAAGCGAGUGGUACCACAUUAUUAGAGCCUCAGAUUUCUGAACCACUUUUCUCGCAAGGAGAUGCACCAGCAGACGAGUCUCAAGGAACUUCUUAUGGACUGGAAUUCUCCCAAGUUGACAAAUCAGUCAAGGCUACAGGGGAUGCUAACCGCGACAUCUUUGCUGAGGAUGAAGUGACUACCACCACGGACAGACAACUCACCGAGACAGCCCCAAUCUCGGCUGUUGAGGGGGACUCCGCCGAAACGUUAAAAGAUUAUGUCCUAGGUCAUCUGGCAACAAGCGCAGUGGUCGCAACAGCUUCUACUGAAAUCAAGUCCGACGAAAUCAAACAAGAAGAUUCCUCGACGAUAGCUACGGCUGAUGAUGUUAAGCCCCCAAUACACGAAGCUACUGAGGCUACGUACAGGGAUUCAACAACGCCAGCUCGGGCUGAUCUUGGUCAGCUUGUCAAAGAAGAGCCUAUUGUUCCAGUUGAGGAUGAGCAUGCGAGACUUGAGGAAGCAGGCUCAGAAUUGAGCACAAGGCCUGUAGAAGCCAGCACUGAAGAAGUGGCCGAAGGAGAUGCCAGCAAGACAACUGAAGGAGAGAGUGCAAAGUCUAGCGCGGAAGCAAUUGGCGAAACUAACGAGGCCGACGCAACAGGAUUGAAGAAGAAGGCCAAGAAAAACAAGAAGAAGAAGAAGAGCCAACCUAGCCAAGAUGAGGCUCCCGAGCAAGAGGCCAAAGACACUACGCACGUUAAAAUCAGCCAGGAUGUAUCAGGUACCGAAACAGCAGUAGUGUCUGGCAGAAAGAAUCUUGAUAUUCUGGCGCCAGAUCUCAUGGCUGAAUCUUCCGACUCUAUUGUUGAAAAUACUUUCCUCGACCAGAAACCUGAUGACGAGUCGACACAUGACGUGCUGGACGUAUCAGGAGUUAAGGAUCAACCACAGUUUGAUAAGCCAGCCAAGAACCAAUCCUUGGAUACUGCUUCAGUGGAAUCGCAAACCAACGAACGGUUGCAGACUGAUGAUAAGUUGUCUGAGCAUGGCCAUAAGGAAAUCCUGUCGAGUGACGCUGAGCCGACUGAACCCGAGAUCAAAGAACUACCACAGAUUGAUGACCACUCAGCGGGGCAUCAUGUUCCGGAUCAAUCUGGGAUCAGAAAAGAGCCCGUUGAGCCUAAGGUUGAAGAACUGGCGCACAUCAGUGACGAAACAACUAAAUCCGAGCUGAAAGAACAGCUUCAAGCUGAUGGCCAGUCAUCUCGGCCUGAAGCUGAAGAACAGCCCCAAAUCGGUGAUGAAUCGUCCGAGGUUGUGUUUAAGGAACGAUCGCAGACCAAUCUCCCAAUGGGGCCCGAUACCGAAGAACAGACACCCGCAUUUGAAAACUCGACUAUUCUUGAUAUCAAUGAUGAAUCACAAACAGCAGGCGUGUCAGCUGGGCCUGAAAUAAGAGGCGAGGCACCGAGUGAGAAGCCAGUUAACGAACUUUCACUAGGUGAGCUACCACCGGCCACAGAUGAUGGUUCCCCUCAACUUGCUCUUGAUGAAAUCCUGCCACCAAGGAGACCAGAUGCUCGUCCUCGGGAAGUGGAAGCCGCCAAGGAAGAACCCUCUCUCGCAGCUGAGAACGUUGAGGCGGAGAGCGAGAAGGCAGAGAUCGAAGCUCUCCUCGAGAAGAGAGUGAGGAGGAAAGGGCGACUUUUGAAGAAGGAUCAAGUACGCCUUGCUGCUCUUGAAGAGAGUGCCGCUCAAAGGCUAGCGGCAUCAGCUGUCCCUGAAGUCCAAGAGCAAGUUUCCGAGAAACCGGCGGACAUCAGCAAUGCUGAAGGAUCCCAACAGGAGUCUGAAACAAUCGACACAUCAAAGAAGGCUGAGGGCAUUUUAGACGACGACAAACUGCACUCAACUGAGGAAGUGCCUACCCCCAGGCCUCCUGAUGUCGUCAAAGUCCGCGCCACCGAAGUUUCGACUGAAAGUGAGACUCGAGAUAUUGGACAACCGACCGAGACUACCGAGGUGGCAACGUCUCUGCCGGUCGUAGAAGGGACCGAGAAAAAUCUUGAUGUUAUUAACACGGCUGUGACUACUAAGCCUCAAGAUGCUAUAGAAGCUCCUGAAGACAACACUUCAGAGCUGACGAGCACUAAGAAGUCGAAGAAAAAGAAGAAGAAGAAAUCAGUAUCUCUUGUUGAGGACGAUGAAGUUCAAGGUGCAGCGACACAGAACAGCGAACCGCCUGUCAUACUAUCUGAGCCCUUGCGCCUCGAUGAAUCCACAACCAGCGUCAACGAAGUACCGGUUGCUGAACCGGUUCCCGAGGACGUCUCAAAUGAAGCCCCAUCAAAGGAUUCCCAACAGCCUGACAUAUCUCCUGUGAACCAUCCCUUGGAGUCUGCAAACGAGAGUACGGCCGUUGAAGUCGACCCUGAAGCAAAUUCUGCUGCUAUUGUGGAAGAGGUCGAGCCAGAGAUCUCACCUGAUAAGAAGAGCAAGAAAAAGAAGAAGAAGAAGAAGACCGCCGCUUCUGACGAGCCAGAGAAGCAGCCUGAAGCCGAACACACUCUCCAAGAAUCUCCCGAGUCAACUUCUAAAGACUUGAUCUCUGAUGCAGCCAAGAACUCAGCUCCGCAAGAAGCACAGUCCGACCUUGGCCCGACUGCAGAGUCGAGUGGUAUGGAACCUACAGAGACGACUGCCCAUCAAGAUGAGCCGUCGCCUCCCAAGGAGUCGGAAGUGAUAAACACUGUCGAGACCACCCCAGUAGAUGAUGAGCAGACUCAGCCAGCUGAUGCCAAGACCACCAUAGAAACCCCUUCUGUCAAGGAACCAACACCAGCCACCGACAAACCUGAUAUUGUAGCACCCGAUGAGCCUCCCUCCGAAAAUCCGCCCGAAGUCGAGGAACCCGAUUCACCGGCAAAACUGUCAAAGAAGGACAAGAAGAAAAAGAAGAAGGCCGAAAAGAAGAAAGCUGCCCUUGAAGAAGCCCAGGAAAUUGAAGCUGAGGCUGGCCUUGCUACCUCUUCUCAGGAUGCUGACGUUUCGGUCGAUACUGGAAUCAAUGUCCCAGCCGAAAAUUCUCAAGCCGCGCACGAUGAGACCCCUAAGCAGACCGAUGAAAACGAGACACCUGAUAGCGCGGUUCCUUCGGAGGAUAAAACGACUCCUCCAGCCGACCAUAUCAAUGUACCAGAUACCGGUAAUUCUGGAGAGCUUCCAAGCGAAGAACCAGCUGGUUCUGAAGACGAGCGGGGUGGGUUAAGCCUCAGUCAAUCCCAGACCGACCAAAAGAAGAAGGCUAAAGACAACGAUUUUGAAAUCCUGCAGGACCCCGAGACCAACCGCCCAGCGGAGCCGGAGAUGAUUCCGGAUCCGGAAAAGCAGGACGCCGCCGCCGCCGCCGUGGAUAAGGCGCAGAGCCAAGGAUCUACGGAGGGCACAAAAUGGAAGGAGGACACGAGCAUAGCUGGCGACCUCGAAGCCUAUGUCGGGUCCGGGAUGAAGCUGGAGCCAGAAUUGGAACUGGGACAGGAACUAGGAGACAGAAAGGAAUUUGCAGGCUUGUCAAAAAAACAGUUCAAGAAGUUGAAGAAAGUCCAGGCUCUGGCUGCUUUGGAUUCCUCUCCCAAACCACAGACGCCCAAGGAAACCGGAGCCUCUGAAGAGGCACGAUCGGAACCAUUGGCUGAAGCUGGAUUGGAAUCUGAAUCAAAGUCCCAGGCUCAAUCCGAACCUGUUGCUCAAAGCUCUACCGAGGCAGAUCCAGAGCCUGACUUUAAGGAUGAGAAAGAAAGACUCCCGGAGAUCGAGGAGAUUGUACCUAUAAUUGAGCCCGUCAUUGAAGCUGAAUCCGAGUCCAAAAAUGAGACUCAAUCUCUGGACAACACCAAUAGCCACUCUCCGACUGGACAAGCCAUUGCCAAGCCUGAAGCUGAUGGCGCCAUUCAGGGAUCACAACUUGACUCUAAGCAGACAGCCUCUGGACAGGGUACCAUUGUUCCUGCGUCGGAGGUUGAUCCUGAGGAUCAAGUUGCUAAUUUUGGUAAAGACCCAAUUACAAACAGUGCAAUUGAGCAGAAAAGUGUGGUGGAAAUCGAUGCCUCAUUAGAGUCUUGGGCUAUGCCAAGACAGACACUCAGAAAAUCUGUUGAUACGAUUGAGGUCUGUGGCUCAGAAUUUGAGGCGGGAAAAGAGGCCGAUGUCGCAACCAAGCCAAAUUUCACGGAAGAGCUCAUCCAAGAAGAUCCCUCGCCCUCUUUCGCAAUGAAGAAUGAUACAACAGACAGCACACAUGCCAGCCUAUCUGAGGAAGCUGCCGCUUCUACGGUGUUCGAAUCUCCUUUGCUGAAUGAGCAUGUAUUGACAGACGCGCCUGUCGGAUCUGAGGAUGAAAUUACUCCAGGACAAGCGACUGACGAUAAUACUGAGUCUGUUCCACAGCUUCCUGAAGCUUCUGCAAACUCCUAUUCGGACUUCGACUCUAUCGGCGGUAACACUGAUGCUCUAUAUGGCCUCAAAGAAGGCGAAACAGAUCAUACCCGGGAACUCAGUGUCACAAACACAGCUGCUUCUGGUAUUGUUGCCUAUGAUGUCUUCACGUCCUCACCACAGCAGAUUGCAACGAAGGCAGUUGAAGCACCCCCCCUGGACAUAGAGUCUUUCGAGGAUCACCCUUUGCUGCCGGACACCGCUGAACAAGCGUCUGAGCGUCUGGAAAUUCCUGAUAUUCCCGCCCAGCCCAACUGGUCAAAUUCAACCUCUCAACAAGCUCAUGAACAGUCGCAUGCUUCUCCUAUGUCACUCACCGUUCAAGCGAUUACCGAUGCAUCCAGUUCAGAGAUAGCACCUACAGCUACUUCUGUCUUUUCAGAGAAUUCAGCAGACCCCAACCACGGUAUGACCGAGGCCCUUGAAAGUUUGUCUGCAGCCGAGAAGAAGUUGAAGAAAAAGAGAAGGAACAAGAAUAAGCAGGAGGGCCUCCAUGAAGAUGCCGAUCAGGUGGAGGAGCCGAGCAAACCCGCAGAUGUCGACAUCACUUCAAACCUCGCAGUCGUUCAUGAAUUGACAACACCUGCAAAUCCUCCAGCCGACUCGAUGAAAACUCCUGCAUCCACGUCUGACCCAAGAGCAGGCUUGGCAAUAUCUGAUUCCCCUAUGUCUGCCGCACUAUUCCAACCCACGAUCCCUCUUCAGAUUACUGCCGACAUAGAAAAUGAGGAACAAGAUCAAUUUACGAAGGAGAUGACGACAAAAGCCUCUUCCGAAUCCUAUCAUGAAGAAUCCUAUUCCGAGCCAUCUCAUGAGCUUGCUAUUUCUCAGCGCGCACUCAAAGCAAUGGAUGGUGUAGGCGUCCAAGAUUCCGAACCAGUCAAUGGGGCCGAUGGGAACCAAGUGGCCGAGGGUCUCGCGACGGUGCAUCCGCGGUCUCGACAAAUACCGUUGUCGAUUUCGCCUUAUCCUCCAAACCAGGUGAUGGACAUCACAGCCGAUGAAUGUUCUCAUUCCUCAGGCGUUCAGCAAGCUGAGAAUGAGUUUACCGUCGAGGAGUGGGCAGCCUUUUCUUCCAAGGACAGGAAGAAGAUGAAAAAGAAGCUGAGAAAGAUAGGCCUCGACCCAAUCAUUCAGUCUUCCUUCGAACCAACUCAUUCAACUGGCAAACCUCUGCCCAAACCUGCGUCCGAAACCAGCCCCCCUGCAUCUCAAAUCGAGCCAGUCAGUGGUAGUAGUGGUGGACAACUUACGGAAGAUCCGGAGGCGUCAAGGACAUCUACCAAUAAAGACAAUAUUGGGAAGGAAACGACAUUCGAGAUUCUCAAUGAUGGCAUCCACGAGGGCAUUCUCGCAGACACAGUACCUGCACCUGAGACACGAACAAUCCGCGAGACUGAACCAGAUCAACAAAAGCCGCUGAAUGGUGAUACGGGACCUUCUCCUACACAGGAAAUCAGGAGGGAGCCGAGCGAUGACACAAAGACGGAUGACGAAGUUCAGGCUUUGACCGAGACACAAACCACAGCAGAGACAUACGUAUUUUCUGGAAAAGAGCAACUCACGCCUAGUAUGCAGGAAGAUGGAGAUGUUCAUGGUUCUCUAGUGCCUGAGAAUGCAAACAAACAGGAGCCAGGAAGCGACGGUGUGCCAAUUCCAUUGUCAAAAUGGGAAUCACCGCCGCUGAGUAAGGCGGAUCAAGAAGUGAAAACAGAACAGCCCACUAGCCAAGCACCUCCAGAUUUGGAGCACUCGUCCAAAUAUACUCGAGAGAUCGAUGUGGGUCUUGUCGGCGCUACAUGUGCAGCAGAGACGCUGCCACAACAGGAAACAGGAGAAACCAAUGAUGAGGUGGCAGCAGUUCUAGCACCUGAACUUUUGCCCGAGGAGAGCAAGGAAACCGGGGAGCACGAUAAGCCUGCCCUUGUUCCAGCCGAGAAUUUCGUCUACAGUGAUGGCCCAGCCAAUUCUACUAGGGCUGAGACGGACCACGAAGCUUGCCUUCAUCCUGCUGAGCUUGUUCAGAAGCAUCAAAUUGACGGCAAACCUUUGGACGAGUAUGACGCGGUUCCAUUCGCUCCAUCAAUAGAUCACUCCCCAACCAUGAGCGACCAUCCAGCGCCUGGAGCUUCGCAAGAAUCCCCCAAACAAGCGAUGAGCCUUGAUCCGGCUGAAGUUAGUAACACUGAUAACUCCGCUGAAGUUUCCAGGUCCCAUCUGGACACAGAAGGAAACUCUGGCUUACGAGCAGUUCCUGUCAAGAAGCCUGAUGAAGCUAUGCACACAGGCACACUCACAAGCUUUAAGGAUCUGGAGUUGUUCGAGUCAACGGAACCUCUGCGCGAUGUCACCACGCGAUCAGCGACAGAUAUCCCUGAUUCGACAAAGAACACCUUGGAUGUUUCUCUACUUGAUGCACAAGCUGAGCUGUUCCAGGAUGGUCUUAUUGGUAUCAGACCAGGCGAUGAGAAUGCCAUACUUCCAGAGAAGAAAGAACAGAAGAAGCAGCCGAAGCUGAAUUCGGAUACUGCUCCUUUCGUACUAAGCGAUGUGAACAAAAACUGUGUAGUCUUGGAAGAUGCCCAAACACAACAGGAAUUUCAAAACCAGCCAAAGCCUGCUGAUGCAAUAUUGAACAAUCCUCAUGGAACCCAGCCAGGAACCGGACUUCCGACCACUGGCCAGGCUAAAGCAGCACCAGCCGAGUCGGGCGAUAUCUUCUCGGAGCUAGAACCACCAUACGGGGUAAUGCCUAUGACAGCCGCAACUGAGAUCGAAAGUAACUGUCACCCCGCUGUGCCUGACGAAUCGAAUGUACCAUCGAAGCAAGUUGAGGAAGCUGCUCAGAUGGAAGACUCAAUCACGCCGCAUUUCCAGAAUGAUAAGAACAUAAAGACGGGUCACGCUUCUGAGACAUUAAUAACAGAAGAGAAAGCUUCCCAACAGCUAGCAGUCCGGAAGCGCAUCGACUUACCCGGAGCUUCUGGCGGCAAAUCGACUCUGGAUGAUUCAGAUUUUGAUAAUAUAGCCCAAGUAGUUAUGCCAAACCUCUCCCUUGUGCCUGGGACCACGGAGAACGACCAGGCACCGUAUCAGGCCACACAAGGAAAGCACCACCUCGAAAGCAAAUACAGGGAUGACUCUGUUGUUGAUUUCAUCAUCGCCCAGAAGGAAGAAGCGCAUGCCCCCCUUCAAGAUUCUGGUACUGGAAACUUCACUGGAACAACUGCACAAAGUCCUCCGACAUCGACAGGUAGAUCUUCUGCUUUUGACAAAGGCGGGCCGUCGCUGGCGCAGGUUGAGGCAAAUGCAUCUAUUGGACCCUCACCAAGACAGCUCUCUGAACCUUCACCUGCUGCCGCAGAAGAUCCGCUUGUAAAGUUGGCCCCAAAGAAAAAGAAGCAACGGCAAACGGAUCAUGAACCUCUCGAGGCAGCAAGAGAAGGGAAUGAAGGACUGCUAUCUAAUCAAGCUGUUUCUGGCCAUCUUCUCAACAAACAACUUCUCUCAGAACUGAAUGCCCUAUCUUCCAAAGAGCUGGCGACAACGGAAGUGUUAGACGAUACACGGCCGAUACUGGUGAAGACGGAAUCUGAGAAUAAGAAAGAAACAGACAAGCAGCCGCAGGACGGUGACCUGGCCCAUUCCGAGGCUUUUCAGCCCCAAUUGGUAAUCGAAGGUCAGCCAGAUACAGCCGUUCAAGCUGCAUCAGGUCCUGGAACAAAUGACGACGCUCCUGCUCCGACAAAAGAUGGUUGCUUAGGCCCAGAAUCCCCUGUGGCAACUCCCACCGUGCAACAUAUUCCCGCAAUUACACUUGUCCAUGAGACAGCGGACGAAAAUACGGAGAUGGCGCCAGAUUCCAAGAGCCAUUCGAUUACGGCUCGGCCGGAAGAGAUAAAAUCGAGUGGAGAUGUACCUUCUAGAGGCACGGCCUCUGAAGAGAGAAGCAGCGCCUCCAAUGGGCCAACAAGUUUGACAGCGACAGAGCCGUCUUACAUCAAACCUGUUGACAAGUCGUUGAAUAAAGAAAUGAAGAAAGCCCAGAAAGUAGGGUUGGAACCUAGAUCCGCUGGACCAUCAGUCUCUUCGGAACAUGGACCUGCCAUUGAUCGAGAUGCCCAGUUCUCUUGUGCAAAUGAUGCAACACAGCUGAAAGAGACUGACAGAUCAUUGCCACAGCGAACCUUCGAGGCAAAGGAGGGAAAGACAGCCUUGAGAGAAACCGAGUCGACUUCCAUGUUUCCGAAGGGAUCUCCUGAUGCGAACCCACAAGCCAUAAAAGAGCCUACGGAACAGCCUGUACGCUCCCCAGAAGCUACAGCCGCCACCUCGGACGUUUUGAAAGAUGAACCAGACCCGCAUAAAUUGAGCAAGGCCACUACGUCGGCUUUUGCUGGAAUGAUUGCAGCCACCGCCGCAACGUUCAGCUCUGCCAUGUUCGGGGACUGGACAGAGGGUGACAAGAGUAAAGGGGCAAGACAAGAUGAAAAGAAACCCGAAAGCAGGGAUAAGACACUGGAAAAAAGGAAUAAGGGAUCGCAAAAUGAUGGGAAAGCAGCAACAAAGGGCCCAAAUGACAACAACUUACCUGCGAAAGCUAUUGACAAAAGGAUACAGGAAGAAACCCCAGCGCAUCGGGAAGUCCAGGAUGCGAGGAGGAAGAAACCAGAAAAAGACUUCGCUAGUGGCAGUGCUGACCACAAUGAAAGGCACCAUAACAUUGCUACAGAUGCUAAAGACAAGAGCGAACUGGCAGAGACAAAAUCAAAAGCUUCAAAAAAGACAACCAAGGUCACAUCGUCUGUUCACGAGACGUUGUCCGAUGCGUCAGGAAAGAGUAGGCGCUCAGAAAGCUACGAGGGACUGUCGCAAGUUCUUAGCACAUCGAGAGCUCCUCCAACGAAUCCGAAGAAAGAGCACGAAUCAACUUCGCGGCAAUCAUGUGCAGAAACUUCAGACACGAUAGAAAGUCCGGUGCUUGGCAAAGGAGAGUUGGAGCUGUUGAGAAGCUCCCCCCAGCCUCUUCUUCGUCGUGGAUCUGACGUUGAGGAGCCGAAGAGCGGUCUGUUACGAGAGGAUAGCAAGACAUUUGCACCACUGGUGGGAUCGGAUUCAGAUAUUAUUGAUCUACGCCGAUCGCCAAGCAGACUCUUAGAGCCAGUCCCAGAGGUUCCCGAGGCCGAAGUUGAGCCCGCCAAGGAUGCAUUCUCAACACCAAAAGCCAAACGUGACAGCGCUCCUGUUGGCGAAGCAUUGAGCUUCCAGAGACGAAGUAGACGCUUGAGUGAAGAGGCACAUCGUGACAGCGGAUUCGGAGGGGAAUUAGCCAGUCUAAUGCGAAGCAAACCUGCUAGUCAAGAGGCUUCACGCGACAGUGAGUUACAUACCGAAGACUGGGCUGGAAGGGAAAGUCAGAUACAGCCAGUUGCAGACCGCGCGGUGUUGCAAACUCCUGAUCCGCCGAGCGAGCGAAGACUUCGUCGAUCUCCUCGAGGCACACCGGUAUUGCGAGAGCCUGCAGCACCUGGACCAACACCGGAGCCAGAAAAGAAGAAACAAUAUGGAGCCCUAACUCCAGCUGGCACGGCAGUCGCCGCCGUAGCAGUGGGUGCGGGCUUAGCGGCAGCCCUACGAGGACCCGAGCCUUCAACACCAGUUCCAAUUCCGGCUACGAGUCCCAACCCGAUUCUAUCAUCAGUUUCUGGUCAGAGAAGCGCUUCAGACGAUGCCACUCCUUCUCGUCGGUCAACACCUCGUCUCGAGGGUUCAGGACGUCGAACUGUCUCUAACACUAGCCUCUCUCGGCGUCGGACCCCGGAGCCGCUUAAGCUGAGGCCUGAUAGCCCAGGCAUCAACCGCUCUUCAGGCACCCCCACACCACCGCUCCGCCGUGUUGACAAGCGAAUGAGCAGUGAUUUGCGGGCUCUUCGUCAACAAAACACCACCGCCGUCGCACCCGUCAGUUCCACGCCUGUCGCAAAUGAGGGUCGAGCCCGUGCCAAGGACAUGGCCGACGUCUAUGAUGGCUUUGGUGAGGGUCGCAUCGGCUCACCCCGAUCACCAACCCGGCCACACAGCAUGCGCCGCCGACAAAGCAUGCAGGUCCUUGAACUCGAGAAUAAGGUCGAGCAGCUAAUGGCCGAGAACCGAAUGCUCACCGAAGCCCGCGCUAUGGCUGAGACGAGCCUUAGUCAACGAGCCGCCAGCAGUUUAGCCGAUCGCGAUGCCGAAAUCGACAAUCUCAAGCAGUCAUUACAAUUUCUUCAGAACGAAGUCUCUAGACUUUCAGAAGUUAACGACGGUCUUGCAAGCGCCAAUGCCGAGCUUGCAAGCAAAGACAAUGGCCGUGUAACUGACCUUGAGAGUCGCAAUGCCGCUGUCGCCCAUGAGCUGGAGGAAGCUCGACGCGAAAAAGGCAACACUGAACAGUCUCUUGAAGCAAAGGAUGUAGAAAUUGCCGAGCUUCGCGCCAAACUUGAUUCUGCUAAGGAGAAAAUUCGUGAUCUUCAACGCCAGAUUUUAGAAGCCAAGGCUGGCGACGAUCAUUUUCUCAACAUCCGCGACGAGGAUCAUUUUGACCAUCGUUGCCAACAACUGUGUUCCCAUGUUCAGCAAUGGGUACUUCGGUUCUCCAAAUUCUCUGAUAUGCGCGCCUGCCGCUUAACAAACGAAAUAAAUGAUGAGAAGACAAUUGAUCGACUCGACAACGCCGUGCUCGAUGGAUCCGAUGUCGACGUUUAUCUUCGGGACCGGGUGAAGAGACGCGAUAUCUUCAUGUCCAUGACCAUGAAUAUGGUUUGGGAAUUUGUCUUCACUCGCUAUCUUUUUGGCAUGGAUAGAGAGCAGAGGCAGAAGCUCAAGUCACUGGAGAAGCUGCUGACCGAAGUUGGCCCCAUCGAAGCGGUACGCCAAUGGCGCGCCGUUACCUUGACUUUACUGGCGAAGCGCGAAAGUUUCAAGCGUCAACGUGAUCUGGACACAGAGGCCGUUGUUCAGGCCAUCUUCCAAACACUGUGUAAGAUCCUCCCACCACCGUCGAACUUGGAAGAUCAAAUUCAAUCUCAGCUGCGACGUGUCAUGAGAGAGGCUGUUGGUCUCUCGAUCGAGAUGCGGACGCAAAAAGCUGAAUAUAUGAUGCUGCCGCCUUUGCGCCCUGAAUACGACGCGGACGGUGAACUUGCCGCGACAGUCCAGUUCAACGCAUCAAUGAUGAAUGAACGAAGCGGCAGCAUUACAACCUCAAAUGAAGAUCUUGAGGCACAAGGUGCCAUCGUUCGGGUUGUGCUUUUCCCACUUGUAGUCAAGAAGGGAGAUGAUAAUGGCAAAGGCGACGAAGAGAUAGUGGUGUGCCCUGCACAAGUUCUUGUGCCCCGCUCCAAGGGUCUGUUUGGCGGCGCAAGUGAUGGUGGAAGCACUUCCAUCGGCGCUCGGAGUCAUAUUAGUCUUGUGACUGAGACAAUGGGUCAAACUGAGGUAGAUUAUGUAGAUUAAGGGAUACAGGAUAUGGGAAGAUACCACUUGGGAAAAGGAUAUAGGCGGUGUUUUGGUCUUUGGAAUUCUGGGGACAAACGCAUUACUAGCAAGGAUUUCCUUUGUUUAUUUCUGGUCUGGAUGAAGGGGAAAGGGUCUCACGCUCUCAGUUUUAUGUUUUAUGUUUUGCUUUUCCUACCGCCUUUUCACGCCAUGGGUUGACCAAAGGCAGAUCAAUCUUCGAUUUUACACGUCUUAUGAUAAUUUUUCACUUUUCUUUUGCUAUUUUCUUUUGUCUGUAAUGAUAUUGGAUGUAUGGGCGCCCAAGAUUUGCAGUAUCUAUCGAAUUUCUUCUCUAAAUCAGUUAAUAAUGACACGGUCUCAUGAUUUCUCUGUCAAUAGUCUGAAAUACCUUUCGAUUUGUUCUUGCAAGCUGUCUUGCAUCACAUGAAUCCAAAUUAUCUAUUAUCCCCAAC